CUCAAAAUCAAAGGCUGCCAACACCAAAGCCUCAAGCUGCCCCGUUUCUCACAGUGCCUGACAAUGGCUUCAGCAACCGCGUCAGACCUUCGAACGCCCUCUCACCCCGUCCCCCAGGCUGCGAACACGUCAGCCAGCACUCAAUUCCCGCCCAUUAACAUCGGAACCCGCCGCUCAACGCUCGCCCAAAUCCAGGCCCGAUCCGUCGAGCAAGCGCUCAAGAAUGCGUACCCGGACCGGGCGUACAACAUUUGCGCGGUCCUAGCGCAAGGAGACAAGGAUAAGAUCACGCCGCUGCAGCAAUUGAGCCAGGGCGAGAAUGCGAAGAGUCUGUGGACGGGCGAGCUGGAGGCUAUGCUCGAGGCAGGCGAGCUGGACAUCAUUGUGCACUGUCUGAAAGACAUGCCCACACAGCUGCCCGAGACCCUGAUGCUAGGCGCCAUCCUCGAGCGCGAAGACCCCCGCGAUGCCCUAAUUGUCUCGCCCCGGCUGCCGAAAGACACGAACGUCGCUACGCUCCCGCACGGCUCGACGAUAGGCACCUCAUCCAUCCGGCGGGCCGCCCAAUUGCGGCGGCUUCAUCCACACCUUCAAUUUAAGGACCUCAGAGGCAAUGUUGGGACACGGCUCGGCAAGCUCGAUGCCGAAGACUCGCCAUAUGCUGCAAUCGUUUUGGCCGUUGCAGGGCUUAAGCGGCUAGGGAUGGAGAGCAGGAUAAGUCAGUACCUGAGCAGCGACAAUGGUGGCGUCUUACACUCAGUCGGGCAAGGUGCGCUGGCAAUAGAGAUCAGGAAAAAUGACGACGUGAUGCAGACUAUGCUGCAAAAGGUUCGGUGCGAGCGCACAACACGAGCCUGUUCGGCUGAACGAGCGCUUCUGAGGACACUUGAGGGAGGUUGCAGCGUGCCCAUUGGAAUUGAAACUACAUGGAGGGGGAACAAAGGGCUUACGGUAGGGGCACAACCCCCGGACGCCUUUGACAAGCAUGGCGAAGCGGUUGCGGAAGCGGGGCCAGAUUUGGAUGAUCAAGAGCUAGUCCUAAAGACAGUCGUAGUGAGUGUGGACGGAAAGGAAUCGGUUGACCAUGCAACAGCACGAAAGGUCAGGUCGGUUGAAGAGGCGGAGGCUAUGGGACGAGAUGUCGCAAAGAUGCUGCUAGAGAAGGGCGCGGACAAGAUCCUGGAGAAGAUCAGUGCGGAAAAGCAGUGGGCAGCUAAGAAGCAGCUGGAAGAGGCAUCAGCCGCAUCGUAAGCCGGUAGAGCUCACAUAAUUAGAUCCUUCAGUGGAUGAAGACCUCGGG